UUCGACGUAAUUCUGAGUUUCGUUACGAACGCUAACCUCGUGUUGAGUUUGCCCAACAAAAAAAAAAAAGAAAAAAAAUAAGAGCCCGUGUUGAGUUUGCCAAGUAAAAGUCAAUAACGUGACAAAAUAAACGAUCUACACUAUAAUUUAUAGCACUCGAUUUUCAUUGGUUUGUUCGAGGAAUUAUUUUUCUUGUAGAACCAAUGUAAAUGAAGGUAUGAAAUCGAUUUUUUAUGUUUGGUUGUAGAGUGAGAAAAACAAACAGUUAAGAGAAGGAAUUUGUGGUUAUAUGGGCUGCUCUGUGUCGAAGAAGAAGAAGAAGAAGAAGAAGAAGAAUGCAAUGCGCCUGCCGGGAUAUGAGGAUCCCGACCUUCUUGCCUCCGUUACACCAUUUACGGUAGCAGAAGUGGAAGCUUUGUAUGAACUGUUCAAGAAGCUAAGCAGCUCAAUUAUUGAUGACGGUCUUAUUCAUAAGGAAGAAUUUCAGCUGGCUUUGUUCAGAAAUAGGAACCGGAGGAAUCUCUUCGCUGAUCGGCGAAAUGGAGUGAUCGAGUUUGGGGAAUUUGUCCGGUCCUUAGGCGUCUUUCAUCCAAGCGCACCGGUCGAUGACAACAAAAUCAAAUUUGCUUUCAAAUUGUACGAUUUACGACAAACUGGAUUCAUCGAGCGUGAAGAAUUGUACGAUUUACGACAAACUGGAUUCAUCGAGCGUGAAGAAGUUUUCCAAGCUCAAACCAAUUCCUCCAUUAGUAUAAUAUUGUCCGCUUUGGGCCCAGGUGGCAAAGCCUGCACGGAUUUCUUAUUGGGCUCCUUCCCAAAAGACCUCAUACUAAUUGGAGUUGGUCUUGACUUAUAUAUUAGAAACUUAUUUUCUAAUCUUCAGAUGUGGGACAUUGUUUGUAUUCCAACAGAAGUUAUGGUGUAUAAGGCUUUUGUUGAAGCAGACAGUAAAAGCGAAGGAAAAAUUAAUAUAGAUGAAUGGACAGAUUUUGUAUCCUUGAAUCCAUCGCUCAUCAAGAACAUGACUUUGCCAUAUCUGAAGUUAGUUUAUAUUGGGUCUUAUAAUGUAAUAAUGGGUAACAUUCUCAUCUCAUAUAUCUUAGACCGUGACCAGCUUUAAUUUCAACCAAUUCAUGGUAAAUUGUAGGGAUAUAAAGGGGACUUUUCCAAGUUUCGUUUCAUCUUGUGAAGAGGAAGAAUUGGAGUUGCAAAACCUAUAUUUCUAAUUCUAAAUAGUCCAUGGCAAUGCAAGGAAGAUAAAUGAUACCUUGUCCUUUGUCGCCUUCGUCUCUGCUUUUCAAUUUACAUCAAAUAUUUUUGUACAAAAUAGUUGCUAAGAUGAUAGAGAUAUAAGUUAGGAUUUGAAGAUGAAUGCUAAAUAUAGCCUCUCUUUACAAAAGGAUAUGGGACUUGCCUUGUGUAUUAUAUGUAUACUUAGCUAGAUCUAAUACUUUGUUUUUACGUGGAACAAGUGGUCCUCCAUUUCACAUAUAGAAUUGAUCCAAUGCUACUCCUAGCCAUUUCACUAUGUAGUUCUAUUACGGGCAUAGAAACGUUUUCAAAUUUCUAUUUAUGAUUACUACGGACAGUGGCGAUUCUAAUCUAGUUCCAAAUAAGAUGAGACUUUGGGAGUUUGGGUACAUUAGAAAAUUCUUUGUUUAGCAACACUAGGAUUGUGUCCGCGCUACGCUGCAGGAAUGUUUUUUUUACUGUUUUAUUUUAAUUAAUUUGAGGAUAAUUUUUAUAUAGUGUUGACUCACAUCACAUACUUUAACUAUAUCUUCUCGUUGUAGCUUUCCCAUGGCGUUCAUACUGUUACCUCUUAUUAUCUUUCUACUGUCGAAGAUAAUUCCGAUCUGUGAAGCCGUGUGGUUUACCGUACCUCUUACCAGAUUCAAAGUGCAUCUCCGAAGAAAUACAAAGCAACAUUGUCAUUUUGGCUGAUUACUUUGUUAUAUCCAAUGAACAUCCAAUAUUCCAAUCUU